UGCCCUCCCCCUUCUCAUCGCAAGUCAUCUCCUCCUCCUUGGUCUCGGUGUUUGUGACAACUGGUUGAGUGAGUGCAACAUGGUUGCGGAGGGGACGACAGGCAAAAGGGUGGUGGACGAGGUCUCCGGCUGGCUCCGGGUUUUCGACGAUGGAUCGGUGGACCGGACGUGGACCGGACCGCCCGAGGCCCUCUUCCUCAUGGAACCGGUCCCGGCCUUUGACACCCCUCGCGACGGCGUCACCCUUCAUGCCCUCCCUGGUGACCCCUCCCUCCGCCUCUACCUCCCUUCGCCGCCGCCCCCUGAAGGGCGCCGUGAGCCGCUUCCUGUUUUCCUCCACUUCCAGGGGGGCGGAUUCUGCAUCAGCCGCUCCUCCUGGUUUAUGUACUAUCAAUUCUACGCCCGCCUCGCUGCCUCCGUCCCAGCGGCCGUGGUCUCCGUCGAGCUUCCCCUCGCCCCCGAGCACCGCCUCCCCGCCGCCAUCGACGCCGGCUUCGCCGCCCUCCUCCGCCUCCGAGAUCUGGCCCGCGACCCGGAAUCCGAGCUGCUCCGCUCGGUGGACUUCUCCCGCGUGUUCCUUAUAGGCGACAGCUCUGGGGGGAACCUGGUGCACCUGGUGGGUGCGCAGGCGUGGGAGGAGGAGGAGGCGUUCUGGUCGCCCCUCAAGGUGGCGGGCGGGAUCCUGCUCCAACCGGGGUUCGUGCGCUCGACCCGGAGCCGGUCCGAGCUGGAGCUCCGGUCCGACUCGGUGUUCUUCACGCUGGACAUGCUCGACAAGUUACUCGCUCUGGGGCUGCCAGAGGGGGCCACCAAGGACCACCCCUACACGUGCCCGAUGGGGGAGGCGGCGCCGCCACUGGAGACGGUGAGACUGCCGCCGUUCCUGGUGGGCGUGGCGGACCGCGACCUGAUAAGGGACACCAACCUGGAGUACUGCGAGGCGAUGAAGAAGGCGGGGAAGGAAGUGGCCGUAGUGAUAAGCGAGGGAGUGAGCCACUCCUUCUACCUCAACAAGUUCGCCGUCGACAACGACCCAACCACCGCCAAGAGGACGGAGGAGCUCAUCGCCGCCAUCAACGACUUCGUCCGACGCCAUUGAUCCAUCCAUCUCUAUCCGCCUCUGCCGCGAUCGCCUUUUCUGUCGCUAUCAAUAAAUAAAAGUAGUAUUCUCAUGUGAUGUGGAAGUGCUAAAUAUGUGUUUUUCUGCAAUCCCCACAAUUGCCUUCUUCUCUCCGUUUAAAAGAAUUCAUAGCAUUAAUGCUCGUCAA